AUGGAUAGAUUUUUAAGACGUAAACGAGCAUUAGACGAUAGUCAAACAUCAACAAGUUCACAGACGAAUGUGGUUCCGAAAAUAAAAUCAAGACAAUAUUCGCAAGAAUACUUAAAUUUUGAAUUUGCCAUUACUAAAGUAAAUGAAGAAGAAAGGCCAUCAUGUAUCAUUUGCUCAAAAAUAGUGGCAGCAGACAGCAUGAAAUCUAAUAAACUUCAACGACAUUUGGAAACGUUUCUUAAUUCUUAUUGGGAUCUCCAUAAAUGGUCUGUAGAAAAUUACGCCAGUUUGUGGGAAGAAAUAUGGAAUUACUUCGGCGUUGUGGUAUCCAAAACUUAUGACAAGGUUGUGGUUAAAACUGGUGAUGGAUUUCUGGAUUACGAUUGGUUCCCAGGCGCAAAGCUUAAUUUUGCUGAAAAUCUCAUGCGGAUAAGAGAUGACAGAAUUGCAAUCAUUUGUGUCGAUGAGACUGGUUUUGAAGAGACAGUCACGUACGCUCAAAUGUUUGAAGAGGCCAAGCUGUAUACUGCAGCGUUCAAAAAUCUUGGCUUACAGAAAGGCGACACACUUGCUUGUUACAUGUCUAACAGAAAAGAAGCUGUCUUUGCCAUGCUGGCAGCAACGAGCAUCGGGGCUAUCUGGGGUGGACCACAGCCUUACUUUGGAGGACGAGUUGCAUCAAAUAUCAUUACAAAAAUGGAAGCAAAGUUUCUAAUCACUGUGGAUCAUCAUCAAGACAAUGGAAACAGUUAUAAUAUCAUGGAAAAUUUACCAGUUAUAGUCAAGAACUGUCCAAGGCUAGAGAAGAUAAUCAUUAUUCCUUCCAAAGAAGAAACAGUAGCCAAUGGUAUUUCACAUAUCAAAAACGGUAUAUUUCUAGAUGAAUUUCUGGAUAGUGGUCGAAAUCCAGAUGGUAGCAUUCCAGAUAUACUAUUCGAACAACUUCCCUUUGGCCACCCAACAGUUUUAAAUUUUACUUCUGGUACCACUGGCGAUCCGAAAGGAGUAGUGCAUUCAGCAGGGACAUUAAUAACUCAUUUUGAAAACAUCGGUUUUAACUACAACUUGAAGAGUGGUGACGCCCUUUUCCAGUGGUGUCCGGUUGGUUGGUCAAUGUGGGACUGCUUCAUUCCAAGCCUAGCAUUAGGUAUAAAGUUAGUUUUGUACUGUGGCAGCCCAUUUUGGGUGAGAGAUGGAAUCAACGUAUGGGAUUUAAUUGCCAAAUACAAAGUGAAUUACUGUCCAUUUUUACCCAGUAUGCUGGAUAAAUUAGAAAAAUUUCAAAUUUUACCAAGCCCAGGUUCUAAUUUAGAAUGUUUGAAAGCAGUGCUUAUGGGAGGAAGUCCGGUCAAAGUUCAGAAUCUCAAGUUUGUCCAAAGAGUAGCUGGCGAGGAUACGUUCGUCGGUAUUUUAUACGGAGCUACUGAAACAUUUGGAUGUUUCACAGGGGCCGACAUGAAUUUGCCUGUUUACGCUGGAGAACUUCAAGUGCCUGCUCUUGGAAUGGAUGUUCGUGUAGUUGAUGAGAAUGGUCAGACCAUAACUGGUAAGAAGGGCGAAAUAAUAUUUACAACGCCAUUUCCAGGUUUUCCUCUUUACUUGUGGAAGGAUAUCAAUAAUAACCUCAUAAAGGAAAUAUAUCUCUCUAAGUAUCCAGGUGCCUGGUGUCAGCAUGAUGAAGGUUGGAUAAAUCCAGAAACGAAGGGACUGCUCGUGAUUGGAAGAAGUGAUGAAAUUCUGGUACAAAAUGGAGACCGGUUUGCCCCUGCCGAUGUUUAUUUUGCCAUACACGGAAUGGAAGAGAUCAUGGAUUAUAUAUGUGUAAACCAAAGCAAAGAAGAUGGCGAAUGCAGAGCGGUCCUAUUUGUCAAGUUGAAGCCAGGUUUCAUGUUCACUCCUGAGCUCAGGAAAGAGAUAGCCCUCACCAUCGAAAAAGAAUUGUGGGAAGACUGCGUACCUCAGGUCAUAUUAGAAGUCCCCGACAUUCCCUAUAAUAUGAAUAACAAGAGACUAGAAAGUGUUAUUCGGAAGAUCGUAGCAACCAAUCACAUUCCGCAAGUGAAUAAUGUGAAGAAUCCUGAAUGCUUAAAAUACUUUUGUGACAGACCGGAGCUACGCAACUGGGAUUGACGUCUGGUGUUCUGCAAUGAUAUCCAAUGAAAGCCCUGUACUCUGUACUUUUAAUAUAUCGCAAUAUAUUGUGAUAAUUUGAAGGCGUAUUAAUACUAGCGGCUUUCAAUACACCUUUUUAUAGGGUUAAUGCAUUACUUUCAAAAUGCGUACUCUAUUUACGAAAAUAUCUUUCUCCUAAAUGCUACUAAAACGCAUAUGUCAUUCUUAAAAAUUGCUUUAUUUUAUUUAUUAAAAUAAUGCAUAAAUUUUAUUAUUAAAUUUAUGAAAAUAUU